AUGACCACACAAAUCCUCAGCACAACUCCCUACCCCUUCCCACACACGCCCUCCCUCCACCCCAGCACCACCGCGCUCGUCCUCAUAGACAUGCAACGUGACUUUUUGCAUCCAGGUGGCUACCUUGCCUCCUCCGGCUACUCAAUCACGCGCUUCAGCGAUUUAAUCCCGCGCUUGGCCUCGCUCCUAUCCACCUUCCGGAAAGCGGGCUUCCAUGUGGUGCAUACGCGCGAAGGACACGAAGGUCAUCUAGCGACGGUGAGCAGCAGAGAGGCGCAUAGGAGUGCGAUCAAUGGGGCGCAGAUUGGCAGUCGAGGGCCACUAGGGCGACUGUUGGUUAGAGGGGAGGAAGGGCAUGAUAUUAUAGCCGAGUUGAAGCCGGUAGAGGGGGAGUUGGUGAUUGACAAGCCUGGUCGUGGUGCUUUUGUGCACACCGAGUUGGAUCUUGCGCUUAGGGCAAAAGGCGUGAAGAACCUGGUGGUCUGUGGCGUCACGGCAGAUGCAUGUGUAAGCAGUACAGUGAGGGAGGCGAGCGACAGGGGAUAUGACGUCUUGGUCGUCGAAGAUGGGGUCGAGAGUGUUAGUGACGAGCUGAAAAAGUGGAGUCUGGAGAGUAUCAGGGUAGAGGGUGGGCUGUUUGGGGUAACGGGGACAUGCAAGGCCGUUGAAGGAGCAGUGGCAAGCUGGGUGGGGAACUCGACGCAAGAUAGCACGGCAACUGAAUGA